AUGACUAAUGAUGUUUCGUUCCUGCCGAAUGAGCCUGAAGCAAUAACCACAGCAAUUGCUCAACCCGAGCGUCUGCAUACUGUUCGGUCUAGAGUAGCGAACACGACCGAUAGACCUAGCGAUGAAAUACACGACCAGUCAUCUCGGCUACCAUUUCGGCGCCUUAUCGCCGCGUAUCUAUGCCUUUCAAUCAUCUACUUUACUUCAUCCCUUGACAUCAAUUCAGUUGCCCUAGCUCUCCCAGUUAUCGCCCGCGACCUUGGCGCUGGCAGCAGCAUUACUUGGACUGGAACGGCCUAUUUGAUGGGCCAGGCCGCCUUUCAGCCGCUUUACGGCCGCCUAUCUGAUAUUAUCGGUCGGAAACCGGUAUUAAUGCUCUCUGUUGGUUUUCUCGUCUUUGGCGACAUUUUGUGUGCCAAUUCCCACACUCCCGCUUGGCUCUACGCGUGUCGUGCCAUAAGUGGCAUUGGUGGUGGCGGCAUUAGUUCUAUCAUAUCAAUCAUUGUUAGUGAUCUCGUGAGCCUUAAAGACAGAGGCAAGUACCAAGGAAUGCUUAAUGCCUCCAUUGGCGCUGGAUCGGCUAUAGGGCCAUUCCUUGCGGCAGCUCUGAUACAAAAGAUGAGAAUAGCGGGGAUUUCGAGUUGGAGAUGGAUCUUUUACAUCCCUCCAGUCCUGGCAUGCGUUUCUGCUAUAGCCUCUCUGUUUUUUCUGCCGUUAACAGAUGUCAGUGGAAGUUGGAAGGCUAAGGCAAGGCAAAUCGACUGGAUGGGCCUUGCAGCUUCUCUAGUAGCAACUAUUUGCAUCCUGAUACCUCUCAAUCUAGGCGGAACGUCCUGGGCAUGGAGUAGCCCCGCGGUUAUCUCCCUAAUGAUCAUCGGCGGCGUUGCAGUGGCCGUUUUCACUAUCAUCGAAAAAAAGUAUGCUCGCAUUCCUCUAAUCCCUCUUAGGCUUUUCACCAGCAAAGCCAGCGCAAUUCUGCUCAUUCAGAGCGCUCUGUACAACAUAGUAUGGCAAGUAGAUAUGUAUUUUCUGCCAACAUAUUUACAAGAUGUUCGAGGAUUCAGUCCUUUGCAAGCUUCUGCGUUGAUGCUGCCCAUACUUUUAUUUUCGAGCGUUUCUGGUAUUUUCUACGACUAUAUAUACCAUCCAGGCAUCUUUCUGUGGUUGUUUGGCGUCUGCUUAAAAAUGAUGUUCAGCCAAACCACGAGCGUUGGGACUUAUUUGGGAGCAUUAUUAGUUGAGGGCUGGGGUAUUGGAUGUGUAUUUCAGCCAGGUCUCGUUGCUCUGCAUGCACAUUGCCCACCCAAAGAUCGUGCGGUUGCGACGUCAACGCGGAACCUCUUCCGAAUGCUCGGUUCCGUCAUUGGUAUGACAAUCGCAACUGCUUUGCAGAGUGCUGUUACACAGGCGGCCUUGUCCGACAAUGUCCCAGCUUCAGUGCUCUCGCAAGUUAAGAUGGGAACGUGGCGAUUCGGCACUACAUCUUGGGACCAAGACAUAUCUUAUGCCAGGUUUAAAGGUUUCCAAGCGGUGUUUGCAAUGGAAAUUCCUUUCAUGGUACUCUGUUUCCUUGGUUGUUUUGGUAUACCCAGUGCAACGUUAGGGGGAGACGACCAAAUAACAGAAAGAGACGAUCACUUUUCGCUACAAGAGAGAAAUUAA